AAAAACUGUUCUGUAUGAAUUAGACCGGAUUGAGACAGACAUACACAACUUGUUACAAAUUAUCUUCAGUUAAAUACAAAUACUUGCUGACUUAAGAUUUAGCAACAGGAUUUCCUGUGAUGGAUGAUGGUAUGAACGAACAUGACCACGAAAACAAUCAUUUACGGAUAGCGAAUUUAGUAUUUAAAGUAGCCCCACCAGCAGUGAGGGAAUAUUUCGACAAGCAGUUUAAUCCUGGCGGUCUUCAAACUGUUUUAAAUCAACACAGAUUCAAAACAUUAAAAUCUCUGAAAUCGAGGCGGAUUAUAAAUCAAAAUCAAUGGGAUUUAUUGUUUCCUUUAGUCGGUGCUGCAUCAUCGUUAUCAUUCGAUUUAACUCUAAUGAUUUGUUUGUUACGUAAUUUGGCUAACAUUAAAGUAGCAGACAUAUUACCCUGUGAUACAGAUGAAAGUAUUGAAGCCGAUUUGACAAGAAUCAAGUACUAUCGGAACAAAAUUGCACAUUCCGAUCAUAAAAUAUUGUCAGAGGAAGAUUUCAAUAUCCAAUGGGACGCAAUAAGCAAGGCAAUCACUAGACUUGGAGGCGAGAAAUUUAAAGCGAUAUGCCGUGACCUCCAGAGUUACAAACUUGAUAAGGAAAUAUUGGUAGAAAUAAGAAAUUUAAAUGUAACUAGAAAUACAAUACCUAAAGGCUUGCAAGAAGUUCACGAUGAAAAAAUUAAAGAAUGGAGAGACGAAGUUAAAAAUGUAGUUGAGACAACAGCUAUAAAAGCAUUAGAAGACAUGAAUACUACAACAAACGUCAUUUUUGUUAUUGGCCCCUCGGGAUGUGGGAAGUCUACGUCUGUACACUACGUAGCUUUAAUAUUACAUGAUAAACAGGACUAUGAUAUAAUACCGGCCUUUUUUCCGACUGAUAUUACCCAAUAUUAUAACCCAAAUAGUCAGCAGAUAUUCAUUUUCGAUGAUUUAUGUGGCAAAUAUUCUAUAGACGUGCAAACACUUAACACAUGGAUUAAACUUUCGGGUGAUAUACAAAAGAUCCUCGUGCAGGGUAAAGUUAAAAUUUUCAUGACAUGUCGAUCACAUAUUUUCCAUGAUAAAAAGUUUCAUCGAUUUAAUAUAUCCGCAGAUAGAAUAGAUUUGAUGUGUGCUACGUUUGCUUUAUCAGACGAAGAGAGAUAUCUAAUUGCAGAAAAAUAUUUAUCUUCUGGACAAAUUCAAACGUUAAAACGACACAAAAAUCUCAUCCAUUUCGACUGCUUCCCACUCUUAUGUAGGCUUUUCCUUCAUAAAAGUACUUCUGACAUUGUGAAGUUCUUUUCUAGUCCGGUAGAAAUAUUAAAAGAUGAUUUACUGUCCCUGAUGAACGAAGAUGACCAGACAACCAUCGCAACACUAUCUCUUUUUGUCUUAUACAAUAAUUGUAUUACCGAUGAUGACAUUUCUCUACGCAAUAAAGCAAUGAAAGAUAUUUUGUACCAUCUUUCCGAUAUCUUCUUAACAUCCCAACAGUUGUCCAUUGCAGUUGUGAGGAAUCAAAUUGAAAGUCUCAAGAACUCUUAUGUAAAGAAAACCAGAAAUGAAUAUCGUGUUAUUCAUGAUAAAUUAUUUGAUAUUUUGGCCUCGUUUUAUGGGGAACACACGAAAGACCUUCUUCUAGAACUCUGCCCAGCCGAAUUUAUUCGUGAUCGAUUCCAAUUUGAAUCAAUAGAAGAAGAUAUGGAUGAAUGUAUCAUUAAGAUAAAUAAGAACCAAGAAAAUCAAUAUUUUGAUCGUCUUUAUAAAGAUAUAGUCAAUGGAUUCGGAUGUACUGUCUUUACAAACAGACAGUUGCAAUUUGAAUCUUUCCGUUACAAAUUUAUUGCAAACAUACAGCGACGAAUUAGCUUAAAUAAAACCUCGCUUUUAUUUUCCGGAGAGUCUCCGUUUUUAGACGUUGUGAAGAAAGGACACUACGAUAUCGUUGAAAUGCUUUUAAAAUUUAACCUUGACGUAAAUGUUCGUGAUAAAAUGGGUAGAACACCUCUCUACUUAGCUGCGGAAGAGGGUCAUACUAUCAUUGUUAAACUAUUGUUAACACACGGCUGUGACCUACAUUUAUAUCGGCAGGAUUAUUGGCACAGAGGAGAGACACCUAUCUACAUAGCCUCAUCAAAGGGAUAUCUCGAUAUUGUUAAGUUGCUAUUCAAAACGAAAAAAGAUUGUUACAGAUGUAGACAGGACGACUUUUAUGCAGGGAGAACUCCACUUCAUGAAGCAGCAGACAACAAUCAUUUUGAAAUUGUAAAAUAUUUUUUGAACCAAAAAUGUGAUCCGAAUAUAAUAAAUGAAAAUAAUGAAUCACCUUUAUGGCUUGCAUCGAGAAAAGGCCAUACCGAUAUGGUCAAUUUAUUAAUGAACUAUGAAGCGGACCCUAAUCUACACACAAAGAAGAAUGGCACACCUCUUUCAAUAGCUUCAUGGUAUGAUUGGAAGACUAUAGUGAAAAUAUUAUUACAACAUAAAGCAGAUCCUAAUAUUGUUAAUAGUAGAAAGUGUUCGCCAUUAUUUUAUGCUGCUGCCGUAGGUAAUACAGAAAUCGUUGAACUUUUAAUACAAAAUGGAGCAAAUGUUAAUGCAGCAGCACAAGAUUUAAAAACACCAAUGUUCGUCGCUGCACUUCAAGGGGAAUUUUCUGUUGUUGAAAUUCUCAUUGCUCAUAAAGCGGACGUAAAUAUUUGUGAUGUUUACAACGAAUCGCCAAUAUUUGUAGCUGCAAGACACGGUGAAAUUAAAAUUGUUAACCUUCUGUUACGUAAUGGUGGGAAACCAAAUAUUCGAACAACAUAUAACAAAACCGCAUUUUAUAUCGCGCUCAAGAAAGGUCACAAUGACAUUGCUGAAAUUCUUAAAAGACAUAUGUCACACACAGAGAGGCUUAAUAUAGCUGCUAAUAUCGAAGGGCAUACAAGUAUGGAGCUUACAUGUAAAAGACAUCAUUGUAAUCCUGAUAGAACUACGAUUGUAAACGGUUCUGUGUAUUCUUGCUGUUCUAUUAUAUGACUUAUAUUAAACCAAUUCCAAAUAAAUUUGACAUUAUAAUUGAAAUAUAUAUCAUUCAUGUACUAGAUUUGACACCUUAUUUUUUGCUAAAUUUUAUAUUCAGAAUUUUUAAAUGAUGUUGAUUUCAAUUACCGUAUUUACGUGUACAUUUCGUGUGUACAAGGUAUAUUUAAUGUUUCAUAAGUUAUGAUCUUGAAAUUCACAAUGCGUUCAAAUUGUCUGUAACAUUUGUUUACAUUUGAAACACUUUAAAAUAUACAUUAUUUUCUGUUUAUUUAUUCUGGUCAAGAUUAAACUUCAAUCAUACGGUUUUCAGUAUUUCUAGUUGAUCACUUAUUUUAAUAUAAAAUACACAUGCGUGUAUUUAUUCUCUUUGAGAAGCGAAAUCCAUCUGUGAUCUAUUUUUUGUUGACAACAUGAUCAUAACGAACUUUGUUGUUAGCAACGCUAUCUGUGUAUAUACAGAAAGAUUUGAAAAUUCUUCAUUG